CGCUGUCAGCUGAGCUUUUGUGUUGAAGAAGUCGGAAGUGAGAAGAGGACGCUUGUGGUUUACAGAGCUGUAUAAAACUGAAGUGUCAUCCCGCAUCCGUGCCAUGACAGCAGGAUUGUAGCGUCCUACUCACAACUGAAAUACACAGAGUAUCAUAUUUUAUCCAGAUCGCUGUGGCUGUGUUUUCUCCCUCCAAAGCGCGUUAUUCUUCGACUGUAUAGACUGUCAUGAGAUCAGUUUGGGCAUGGCGUCCUUCCAGAGUUACUGUAAGACGGCGGGAGCAGCGGAGGAUGAGAACGGAGAACUGGACCGGUCCUUGCAGCACAUGCUGAAGGCCAUAGCGGACGAACGAAACCGACUAAAUAUUCGACAGGAGAUCAGUGGGCUCGGGUGUUUUAAAGAUGACCGAAUUGUGUUCUGGACGUGGAUGUUCUCCACAUACUUCAUGGAGAAGCUGUCACCACGUCAGGACGACAUGCUUUUCUAUGUGCGACGCAAGCUCUCUUAUGUCAGCGCUGACAACACAGAAGGGAAGAAGGUGGAGGUCGAAGUGUACAGAAGGGAUUCGAAAAAGCUGCCUGGACUCGGGGACCCGGACAUAGACUGGGAAGAGAGUGUGUACCUGAACCUCAUCUUACAAAAGCUGGACUACGUGGUCACGUGUGCUGUGUGUACACGCACAGAUGCAGGAGACAUCCACAUCCACAAAAAGAAGACGCAGCAAGUGUUCGCUUCUCCCAGCAAACACCCAAUGGACAGCAAGGGUGAGGAGUCCAAGAUGAGCUACCCGAACAUCUUCUUCAUGAUCGACAACUUUGAGGAGGUGUUCAGUGAUAUGACUGUUGGAGAAGGAGAGAUGGUGUGUGUGGAGCUGGUGGCCAGCGACAAGAGCACCACUUUCCAGGGAGUGAUCUUCCAAGGCUCCAUCCGCUACGAGGCCCUUAAAAAGGUUUACGAUAACCGGGUGAGUGUGGCUGCUAAAAUGGCCCAACGCAUGUCCUUUGGCUUCUACAAAUACAACAACAUGGAGUUUGUGCGGAUGAAGGGCCCUCAGGGGAAAGGGCACGCCGAGAUGGCUGUGAGUCGAGUGCCGACUGGAGACACGUCACCCUGCGGCACCGAGGAGGACCAGGACUCGCCUCUGCACGAGAGGGUGACGUCGUUCAGCACUCCCCCGACCCCCGAGAGAAACAGACCCUCCUUCUUCUCUCCCUCUCUGCGCCGCAAAGUGCCCCGAAACCGCAUAGCCGAGAUGAAGAAAUCCCACUCUGCCAACGACAGCGAGGAGUUCUUCAGGGACGAGGAUGAUGAAGACCUGUGUAACACCACAAACCUUCGCUCACGCUCUCUUUCGGGAACUGGCCGCUCACUCGUGGGCUCCUGGCUGAAACUGAACAGGACGGAGGACUACUUCCUGCUCUACUCACAUCUCACCUACAUCACUCUUCCUCUACACCGGAUAACUACAGAUAUUCUGGAGGUGAGACAAAAGCCUAUUCUGAUGAUCUAGCGGCUCCUGACUUCCUUAGAACUUGUGACUAAGUGCCUCUCCACAUCAGGCCCCUCAGAUGACAGCGCCAUCUAGCAUCCAUACAGAGAACCAAAAAAACCACCACUGACUAAAGGAGAGGAGAAGAAAUGUGAGAACUAAGGACUUAUUAAAAACCAGCCAAUCAAGAAGUGCCUCUUCCACCUGUUUUCUGUGACAGUCUGUAUGUGGACACGAGAGCAACAGCCUGAGUGACUGAACACUGUCUGAAAUGCCUCGUUCCAUCAGAUCAGAUCGGCUCAGGCUCAGAAGGCAGGACUUGCUAACGUCCCACCUGCGAGCGAAAGGGAAAUGUAUCAAAGAGAAAAAAAAAAAACAUGCAAAAGAAUGUCUCUGUUCCUUGUAAAUACACUGCUGCUUAGAAUACUCAGUGAAUCUACCAACCACGACCCUCUCAGCCUUGUGUAAACAGACUCUGCUGGGUCUUUCAAUGUUGUUGAUUUGUGCGUAGUGCUUUUUUCCAAAGGCAAAACACCCCAUCCCCAACCCCUCACCUCGCCUCAUCCCUAGGCCUUAACACCUCCUAACCAGCUAAUGUGAUAUCCGGCCUCUGUUUUAUGGCCUACUACCAACAGAGUCUGGAAUUAGGAAUGCUGGAUUUGUCUUAAGUUCAAUGUUCCGGUUCACAGAAAGAAAAAAAAAAGCCGCACAAAGUAGAUUUCUUUUCUUUUGUUAAAAAAAAAAAAGAUGAUACAUUUGUUCAUUUGUAUGUUUGGAGAUCUUUGUAAUCAUUGUGAUAUUUAUUACUGAGUGUUGCAAGUGUGAGGCGUGCAAGUGCACCAGAAUGAUGCUGAAGCUGCAAGGCCUUGAAAAGGUUUCCCUGAGGAUGACACAAUCCAUUUCUUGUGCUAUCCAGCAAACGCAAUUGAGCUGUUUGUAAAACUACUACAUUACAGAAACACUCCUGUCCUACAGAAGCCCUGAAACACAAGUUGUGGGGGAAAAAUUUUAAGGGCUGUGCUGUUAUUUUGAUUUAAUAACUUAUGUCAUUAUUAUGACUUAAUCUCAUUUCAACAUAGUAUUUUAUUAUUUUAAAUGAUCUCAUUAUUUAGAUUUAACUUAUUUUGAGUUAUCUUGUAAAGCAUUUAAAUAAAUUACCAAUAAUUAGACAUAUAUGACAGACAUAGUCUCUCAUAGGCUUACUAUCUGCAGCAUACAGAAAAAGAAUUACAAGCUAAUAUUCAUAAAAUUAAUCUUAUUGAUAGAUUAUAUGGCGUUAAAUAUUCCAUAUAUUAAAAUAUGGUGUUAUAUGUGGUGUAACGAUGAUAACUAGACAUCCAUCCGUACAUCCAUUUUCUGUGCCGCUUACUGAGACUGGAGCCUAUACCAGGAGACUUCGGGCACAAGAUGGGGGACACCUUGGACGGGUAUUUUCCAGGGAGGAAACCCCUGAAGCACGGGGAGAACAUGCAAACUCCACACACACAGGGCAGAGGCAGGAAUCUAACCCCCAACCUUGGAGGUGCGAGGUAAACGUGCUAACCACUGAGCCAUCGUGCUCCUAAUAACUAGACAGAACAUCCUGAAAUAAGUUAUUAAAUUAGAAUCCUGAAAUAACAAGUUAAAUCAAAAUCAUGACAUCCUGAAAUGAAUUGUCAAAAUAAUGACAUAACAACCUGAAUUAAGUUGAAAUAAUAUAUUGAAAGAAGUUAUUAAGUUCGAAAUAAUGACAUAUCCCUUCUUAACUUUUUUCAACUUGUGGUUCAGGAUCACACAAUUUGUUUAGUCUUUGAAGGCUGUAGGGUUUCUUUAAACAUGAGUUGAAACUCUGCCCCUUUCUGUUCCUCUAGUUCUGUCUUUCCUUGUAAAGUGUUUGAGUAUUUAAAGGUCUGGUGGCUGUUGUCUUUCAAUACAUUUCUGUUAAUAGAUUGGCUUUGAAAAUCACUGACAAUGAAGUGUUUAUGGAGUAAAUGAGGAACAAACCCAGAUUGUCAGUAUUAUGUUGGAUUUUGUGAGCUGAAUGUAUUCCUAUUGACUGCUUUAAAGACGGCUUUAGUAACCGUUUGUUAUUUGAAAGGCUAUGUUUGUCAGCAGCAUUUUUUUUUAAUGCUUCACAAUUCACGUUCUUUGUAUUUCUUUGUAUUUAUUUUCUCCUGGAAGGCUGUAGAAGCCCAUGUCAACCAAAUAGAAAGCUCUGUUCAAGAGAGGUCUUGUGGUACAUACACACUUCUUUAAUCGCUUUAACCAUGUUUUUUGUAUUCAGUUUUUAAAAACUACAUGUGCAUGUUUAUCCUACAUUUAUGUUACACUGGUAAUAAUUGUACAUUUUCUGUACCUCUUAUUGAAAUACAAAUUACCAAAAAAAAAAAAAACGUUUUUGAAUUUAUUAUGAACUAUUUACACAAGUAUUUACACAUGGGAAAGACAAGAACAUGUAAUGCUGAGGAAUGCAAGCUACAAAUUUAGGAGCACGUCAGGUCGCACCACACAUCAGUGAAUCAGGUUAAUACCUUAUAAUAAGAUGUCUGUGCACAGGUAAGACCAAGUGUGACAAUUUUGGAAAAUUGUGCGUGUGUGCAUUUGAAUUAACAGUAUGCUCAAGUUUAUGUCAGGUUCUGCAUUUGAUUUUUCCAUCACACAUGCUAAUAUGUUAUGUUCACAUGGCUUUAAUUAGGACUACAUAAAACUAGAGUCAUGAUAUUGUGGCAUAUGCAAAUACUGAGUACAAUACCGGCUGUAGCUGUAACUGUAAUGUGAUGUUGAAUAAGCCUGCAGGAACGUACUUUGCUUUCUUUUCUCUACUAAUGGACUGGCAAAAAAAUUUUAAAGACCUCUAAAGCGUCCAUAAUUGCUAAAGAUUUUUAAAAUGUGGAUUUAAACACCAGUUAAAUAUAUGAACAGUUUGAUAACACUAAGACAUGGAAAAGGGUCGUUCAGUGAUUAAGACAUUGGGCUUAAUCCUCAGCUACUCUCUUGUAAGUUGCUUUGGAUAAAAUGUCAUCCAAAUGAGGUAAAUGUAAAAAAAACAUAGCUAACAUCAUUAAACUAAUUGAGUCAUGUAACAAAUAAGUACACUCCAUGGGAAUUGUUGGCUUUUUUGACAUAUUUGAACAAGCAAAUAUUGGAUCAUGUUUGAAAUGGUGCCUAUUAAUAAAGUUGAUAUACUUGAACAAAACUGCAUGGAAAAUUAGAUUUUUCAAUCAUUUAUUCAACAGAAAGAUCAAUAGAUGUUGUAUUAUUCUGUGGAAAAGUAAGUACACCCUUGGCCUCAGAAACUGGUAUUGCCCCCUUUAGCAGAAAUAACUUCUUGUAGGUGUUUUGCAUAUUUGUCAAUUAGUCCAGGACUGGCCAUCCCAGCAAAUUCAGCCCAAGAGCAGACCAUCUGUUGCAAAAUGAAGUCUACAAGAACCCCAAAAAUUUCAUCACAGGAUCUGCUAGUUAGUCUCGCAACUGUUGGUGUCAAAGUGCAUGCUUCUACAAUCAGAAAAAGAUUUUGAGGUAUGCCAAAAAAACUCCUUUGCUGUCUAAAAUGUACACUAAAGCAAGACUACAGUUUGCCAAUGAGUAUACAGGCAAAGAGCAGGCCUUUUGGAAUAAUGUGCUCUGGACAGACGAAUCAAAGAUAGAGUUGUUUGGCCACAGUAACAGCAGACAUGUUUGGUACAGACCAAAGACAGCUUUUCAGGAGAAGCACCUCAUACCAGCUGUGAAGCACGGUGAUGGAAAUGUUAUGGUUUGGGGUUGCUUCACUGCCCAGGGACUGGACAGCUUACAUUCAUUCUGCACCAUAUCAAAGAGUCCUUGAAGAUAAUGUGAAUGUCCGAAAGUUGAAGUUGAACCAAAAGUGGACCUUUCAACAUUAUACUGAUCCUAAGCACACUAGCAAAUCCACCAAGGAAUGACUCAAAAAGAAGAAACGAAGGGUUAGUGAAUGGCCUAGUCAAAGCCCAGAUUUUAAAUCCCAUUGAAAUGUUGUGGGGGGAUUUGAAACGGGCAGUACAUGCAAGAAAACCCUCAAACAUCUUGCAACUGAAAGAAUAUUGCAUGGAAGAGUGGUCAAAAAUUCCAGCAAGGCGACGUCAGAGACUGGUGGACAAUUAUGCAGAACACCUACGAGAAGUUGUUUCUGCUAAAGGAAGCACCAGCUUCUGAGGCCAAGGGUGUACUUACUUUUUCCACAGAAGAAUAUCAGAUCUAUUGAUAUUUCUGUUGAAUAAAUGAUUGAAAAAGAUCAUUUUCCUUGUGGUUCUGUUCAUCAACUUCAACUAUUAAUCAUAAGAUCCCAAGUAUUAUAUGCUCAAAUUUUAUACAAAUUAACCCCUGAUACACAAGCACGUUUGACUAAACUUCACAGUAAUUUGGCCUACUUAUUCUCAUAGAAACUCUUUAUGACAGUAUGUUAUUUUAAAAUUACAAUAUAUAUAUUAUGUUGAAAUAAGACAUUAAGUCAAAAUAAUGACAAUACAGCCUAACAAUUUAUUCAUUUUAAGACCACAGAACUGUUUAUAGUAACGUGACGUACAAUAAUUUUAAGGUUUUAAAAGAAAUUGUUAAAUGUGACAGAAAAUUUGACUCCUUCAGAGCAUGUUCCAGUGACAAACUGUCCUCUAGAAAUAAAGGUUGGUAUACGCUUUUUUCACUUUAAAUGUCAUUUCUGUGUAGUAAAGGCAGUAAAAUAUUAUUUCAUAACAUAGCAGUAACUUUAUAAACUGUUUGCCUAGUAGGCAUUAGUUUAGCUAAUUACAACAUGCCUGCUUGGUUGGUGGUAAUAUUUUCUUUUCUGGUAAUAAUAUUAUAUUAUGAGUCAUCAUUCAUGCCGGUUAGCUAUCUAGUGCUACUAGUUAGUAGUGCUGCUGCUCUGCGCAGAUAAAUUGGAUGGUUCGAGAUAUACUUAUCAGAGUCGGCAAGCCUGCAUAUAAUACACGACUUUGGGCUUCUUCUUAUUACAGGUUAUAACAAAGAAACAAGCACAACAUACUCAUAUAUACUAAUAGUAGAUAUGGUUCUCCUUUUCCAUCUCUCCAAUCAUAUUCUGCAUGCAGGUGAUCAGAGAUGAGUGGAUAGUGCCUGUCCUCCCUAUAAGCUUUG